AUGGUUGACCGGGAAGACAAAAGCCAGCUUGCUUACGUGCACUGGGAAAGGGUGUGCUUCUCUCUUCUCUUUCUCUGUCUGCAGUACGGUUUCACAAUCAGCUACCGCAAGGAAGGUGCCAGGCAAUACGAGCUGAAAGCCGAAACUGAGGCCGAGUGCAACAACUGGGUACAUGCCAUCGACUGUGCAAGUUUCAGCAAGAUGCUGCUUCAGAAGGAAGAGCUGGAGCAAAAGCAUCUCCACCUGGUGCAGAUCGUGGAGAGCGAGAAGACAGCCAAAUGGCAAUACACACAGCAGUGCGAGGAGCUCACCGUCGAGAUCAAGAAGCUGCGCGCCGAGCUGUGCGCGCUGAAGAAAGAAUGGAGGCUCACGCCACACCGAAGCGAAGACGAAGACAGCGAAGAAAUCAAAAAGAUAAAAAAAGUGCAGAGCUUUUUCCGGGGCUGGCUCUGCCGCCGUCGCUGGAAGCAAAUUGUCGCGGAGUACAUCAGCUCACCACACGCCGAGAACAUGCGUAAGCGGAACAGCCUGGUGUUCCGUAUGGUGGAGGCAGAAGAAGAGUACGUGGAGCAGCUUCAGCUGCUGGUGUCAUGCUUCCUAAGGCCAUUCAAGAUGGCGGCAAGUUCUCAGAAACCUCCCUGCACACAUGACGAAGUCAACUCUAUAUUCCUGAACAGUGAGACGCUCAUGUUUCUUCACCAAAUCUUCCUCAAGGGUCUCACAGCCAGAAUGGAGAGCUGGCCGACGUUGGUCCUGGGAGAUCUGUUCGACAUGCUCCUUCCGAUGCUGACCAUCUACCAAGAGUACGUCCGCAACCACCACUACAGCCUCCAGGUUUUGGCCGAGUGCAAGCAGCGCGACAAGUUCGCCGCCAUACUGCAGCGACUCGAGGAGAAGACCGUCCUCCAGGGCAGGACCCUGGAGACAUUCCUCACUUACCCCAUGCAUCAGGUGCCUCGGUACAUCAUUACGCUGCACGAGCUGCUGGCCCACACACCACACAACCACGUUGAGCGCAGGAGCCUGGAGACGGCACGGACCAAGCUCGAGGAACUGUCACGCCAAAUGCACGACGAAGUGAGCGAAACAGAGAACAUCCGUAAGAACUUGGCCAUAGAAAGGAUGAUCAUAGGAGGCUGUGACAUCCUCUUGGACGUCAACCAAGUGUUCGUCAGGCAAGGCAACGUGAUCCACGUGGUGGGGUCGGACAAGGCCAAGUCCCAGCGAUCGCGCAUCCCAAACCUUAAAGGAGAGAAAGAAGUAGUGCGCCAGUGCUACCUCUUCACUAACCACAUGCUCCUCUGCAACCGAACUUCGGCCGGCAAGCUACAUCUGGUCGAGAGCGUGGGCAAAAUUCCCCUGGCAGAUGCCACCCUCAUCGAAGACCCCAACGAUCAGUUCCAGUUCAUCGUGGACGAUGGUGAGGGCUCGGUGAGUUCGGUAUCGAGCCUCACGAGCGGACUCGGCAGCAGCGCCGACUCCACCGCCACGACAACGGCGACAUCCGGCGGUGGGUCGGGGCAACAGAAGGACUAUGGCGGUCUCGACUUCAAGAUCAUCGUCGACUUCAAGACCGCGCCGCCGGUGACGGUGCAGCUAGUCGCUCCCACCAUGCAGGAGAAGGCGGCCUGGACGAGCGACAUUAGCCAGUGCAUCGAUAAUGUGCAUUUCAACGACCUCUUCCACGGCACGAUGAGCGACGCUUCGUCGGUCACGAUGCCGCAUUCCAUCAGGAACGACCCCAGGCUGUUCAAGGACGACGUGGACAUCCGAUUCAGUCGUACACUCAACUCCUGCAAGCUGCCCCAGAUCCGUUAUGCGAGCCCCGAGCGCCUUUUCGAGCGCCUGACGGACCUGCGCUUCCUGAGCAUCGACUUCCUGAAUACGUUCCUGCUCACAUACCGAGUCUUCACCGACGGUGUCAAAGUGCUGGAGGCGCUCAAGAAGGUCCACUACAACCCGGACCUGCAGAUCAACGCGAUGGGCGCCGCGCUUCAGGACUCAACUGGGUCCUUGGACGCCGUCGGUGUCGAUGGCGGCGGCCCUUCCGGGGGGGCCGCUGCCGGUCAGGCGGGCGCCGCCGCCACCGCCGGCGCGCCAGGCGCCGCGCCAGACCGGGACAUGGGAAUGCUGGUGGUGGAGUACGACUACUCGCGGCGCAUCAGCACAACCAGCAUGCUCUCGGAGGCAGGUGACGCUCAGCAGGGCCACAGUGGCCCCGACCACACGCAGCAAGUCGUGCAGCAGGUCUCGCGAAGCCAGCAGCACUGGAGACUCAGCUACAGAAAGUUCGAAGAGGAGCAGCUGAAAGAGCAGACGCUGAAGCGGAUCCGCGAGGUCGUGUCGCCCAGCCCGGAGCCCAUCCUGCCGCCUCCCCCGCCCACCCCCGAGCCGGCCACGGGCGGCCUGGUUCACACGUUGCCCAUGCCCGGCACCAGCGGCGCACCGCUACAAGGGGCCACGCUGGCGCCGCCCGAAGACGUCGGCUUCUUCGGCCAACUCAUGCACCUGCAUGAGACCAACGUGGUCGCCGCGGCCACCGCAGUCGGAAUGCCCAUGGGCCUGACGGGCACCAACGGCGGCCCCUCGGCGAGCCAGCAGGAGCAGCCGCGGCUCGAGGCGCCGAAGGCUUCUCUUUCGUCGGACACGCUGAGUGCCGACGCUAGUUGCCCAUCGACACCCGGAAACCUCAGCUCGACGGCGUCCACAGCCACGCUCGUUGGCAGCGUGGGAAGCAACGAGUCCCCUAAGCCCAGUCCCAGCCGGAAGAAUGCGCCCGUUCGGCUUCCGACGCAAGACAGCGUGCAGAGCGCCCACGACGAGACCCCGCCCCCGACGCCCCCAGCAGCUGCGACGACAGCCCCGCCGGUGGUGCAACCCGUGGUGCCGCCGACUCCGCCGCCCUCGGCGGCGACAGUCGCGGCGGCAUUGUGCACGGGUUCGCCGGCCCGCGCCGCGCCGCAGCAGCCCCCGACCGACAUCCGACCAGCGGCCCGGGGGCUGCCGCCGCCAAUGACCUCGAGCCAGUCCGCGCCCAACGUCAUGAACUACCUGCGUGUGCGCGGCGUACUCGGUCGGAAUGCUAAUCACGCGUUCGCUUUCGUAAUCCGCGGACCCGUGCGCAUCUCGGCGGCUCACUGUCCCCCCCCCCCCCCCCCCCCCUUGCACCUGCGUGUAGCCCAGGGCAAGCGGGGCAGCAGCGACACGGAGAGCUCGAGCGUCUCGGUGACGCCUCGCUCGAGCUUCCAGACCGAGUCGACGAUCCUGUCGACGCCCCGGUCCAGCUUCCAGUACCCCGACUCGCCGCAGCACAGCAGCAAGGCGGGCGUCGUGGUCACCUCGUCCCGGGCCUCUACGCGACGUUCGUCGACGGCCAGCGCGGCCGCCGCGUUCGCCGUGGCCACCGCGGGCUCCUCGAACCCCCCGGAGCCGCUCGUGGCCGCGGCUGCCGCCGCAGCGGGCGGAGGCGCCGUGCCGCCGGGAUCGCAACCGGCCAGUAGGGCCGGCAGCCGCCUGCCCAGCGCGGUCGGCGCCGACCUCAAGAUACCCGGAGCAGCUGGCGGGGCCGCCGUCGGCCCCGGACCGGCAGCCUUGCGCGCCAAGCGGGAAUCGAUGAUCAGCACCGCGGCCACCAUGCGAGUGCUCAACGUACUACGCCAUUGGGUCUCCAAACACUCCCAGGACUUUGAGAACGACCCGAAGCUGCUGCAGUUGACAACAGAGUUCCUGGAGGAGCUGGCUCACAACCCCAACCUCCUUCCGGCUGAACACAAGGCGGCCGCCCAGCUCUUGCACAUGAUCUCCAAGCAAGAUCAGGACAAGACGAAAGUAGACCUCGACAUCCUCUUGGCUCCUCAUAUGACACCAAGUAAAGAGACAGUAGAGUCCUUGUCGGCCCUUGAGAUCGCCGAAGGCAUGACCUACCUCGACCACAAGAUAUUCAUAGCUAUACGCAGCGAGGAGUUUCUGGGUCAAGCCUGGAUGAAGCCCGAGAAGGCAACCAAGGCUCCUCAUAUUCUUCUUAUGACAAGAAGGUUCAAUGAUGUGAGUCGUUUGGUGGUGUCGGAAAUUAUGCGCUGUCCGGAGAUGUCCAAGCGAGUGACCAUCAUCGACAAGUGGUCCGCCGUCGCCGACAUCUGCCGCUGCCUGCACAAUUUCAACGGUGUGCUCCAAAUCUGCGCGGCCUUCAUGAACAGCUCGGUGUUCCGUCUCAAGAAAACCUGGGAGAAGGUCUCAAAGACGACGAAGCAGACGAUCGACAAGCUGCAGGCAUUGGUGUCGGCUGACGGGCGGUUCCGCAACAUGCGUGACGCUCUUCAUCGCUGCGACCCACCCUGCAUUCCGUACCUGGGCUUGUACCUCACCGACCUCUCCUUCAUCGAGGAGGGCACGCCAAAUUUCACAGAUGAAGGACUGCUCAACUUCUCCAAGAUGAGAAUGAUUGCUCAUGUGAUCCGGGAGAUUCGCCAUUUCCAGCAGACUCCGUACAAGAUUGAGAUGAUUCCUAAGGUGUUCAACUACCUGCUGGACCCAGGGCGGCUGAUGCCCGACGAAGAGCUGUACCGGCUGAGCCUGUGUUUGGAGCCACGACUGUCCCGGCUCGGCACCAAGGUUACGGCAUCCCCGUUUACCCCGUCCUAUGCCUCUACCACCACGCCAUCCUCGUGAGCACCCCUCACCACCACCCCAUUCACCACCUGGGACCCACUGCCCUCACCCUAGAGUCACCGCGCACCACCCCCGAGCAGGAUUGCUCCCGAUAGGCGCACCGCAGCACAAACGAGACUACCCACAGGGGUCCGGUCAGUGGAGCCCAGCAGACUUUGCGCACCGCCUGAAACUUCACCAGUCAAGUUCCACGUGCCUCCUUCCAGAAGCAAGCCUGACACUGCCCUACCCCUGGAGAGAGAUGCAAUCCAAGAGGUUCAGACAUCCACAAGAAAUCACUGUGUGGCCAGCCUAGUCGCAUGGGUCCAUUACGUGUAACUAUACUGCACAUAUCCACCGCACCUUAUCCCUCUGACUGACAACGGUUGUCACACAAGAGCUCUGUUUAAGCGCCUUGGUGCACAAGUGUGACUACGUUCUUCUUGCAUGCUUUAUCAUACAUUGUCAACCAAUUCUUAUAUGAUCCACACCUUGGAACCAAUGAAAAUGGCAGAGGUCAAUAGCAACAAGCAGCCACUGUUUUGAGGCCAACAGCAGCCAGAUCUUGGAGCACAUUUAUGCUGUUGUGCUGACUCGGCCAAAGUAGUAUGCAGGAUAAAUGCUAUGUGAAGUUCAAGCAUACUUUUUGCACAGGAGGGUCUUGUUCACCCUAGCCGUCGCUUCUAGCGAUUCUCAAACACUUCAGAUUUUUCGCUAUGGUACUGUGGCUGUUAUUUGCAUAGAAAUGCCUCAGCACUAGGGGCAACAAUCAAAAGCUUCCAUCUGUAACCGCUAUGCUGAAGGACCCACAUAAUAUGUGCUGGGACUUAAGAAAUGAAACAUGUUUUCAGAGGUAGAAUUUCAAGCCCAUAAUAUACUGUCAGGCUCACAACUACUUUCUCGAAGUGGUCAUGACCUGCAUUUAGCUGGAAAUGCAUCUUCACAUAAAUAUUGCUAAAUGAAAAGGAAACUACUGCUGCAUUAUCUGAAAAUGUCUUGUUAGCUUUCUGGUGUUUGGAAUUCUGAGCUAUGCUAAUAGCUGUCAUUAUGGUAAUUAUCACCCCAACAAAAGGCAGUGCCUGUGUGCAAAUGAGUCAACAAAACCAGUGGCCAACGUUAAUUUAUGCUCAUUUAACAUUCAACAAGUGAAACAAGCCGGGAGAAAGUGUAGAUGCUAGCAAAAGCACACAUAAGAAGUACUGGCUAGCAGCCAUUUGCUUACUUUUAGACGUUUUUCCUGUCUGCCUAGUCUCUGUUGUUACCUGCAGAGUUGAACAAGCACACAUAAGAGUGCUCUACUGAAAUUCUAUAUCUCAAGCACUUUCCUAAUAGCUGAGAGAAAGCUCUUGUGUGACCAGCUUAGACGUGCGGGCACAAUACGUACAACUGUACUCUACAACUCCGCCACAAGGCAACAAAUAGAUAUUAGAAAUCAUCUCAUGUGUCUCUUUGAAGAGUUGCAAAUUUGCUAAAUUUCAACACAGAAACAUUAUAGAAACAGUCAUGAAGAUAAAUGAGAGUGGUAGACUACAGAGUAGGAAAAGAUGCGUAGAAAGGCAGAGUGGUCAAUCAGAGGUAGUUCUGGUUGGUUGGCUACCUUGAACAGGGGGAGUGUGAUAGGAAAAAAGAGACAGGAACAUAAAGAAGUAAAACUGCUUAAACAACAAUGCAGUGGUAGCAUUCCAAAAGUCUAUCAUAUGUAACCAACUUGAGCAAUGCCAGAUAUAGCCUUCUGUGUGGAGUUCUGAGCAUUCCUGUGUCCGAGAGGCAAAUGACGUGUGCAGUGCUGGAUAGACUGGACAGCAGUCCACUGUCAAAAAAGAUAUCCUAGGCCAGUGCUUCCAAAGUGGUAGACUAAAGGUUUCUUAAAUACUAAACCAAGAAAUGACGCUAAUGAGAUGGGCAGAGAUGUGACUUAGGUACUCCUGACAGCAGCUCCCCUUGACGUUAUGUAAAUUUUUCAUGACAUGAUUGAUUGCUUGUUAAGGAAAAAAUGAUUACUAAAGGAGGUCAAAUGUGACUUUUCUAUACUUUAACCGCACAAAAGGCGCUUAAUCAUGCAAGAAUAUUGAAAGUACCACAUUACCCAAUAUUAAUCAGAACUGCAGUUUUGACAUGACAUUCAAAAGGUAAGUUCCUUCAUCGGCAUCCCCACGAUUUAGCCUUUUCUUUUUUUUUGCCAAAUAAAUGAAAGGAAGUUCUGAUAGGGUGAUCUUAACUUAGUCCUUCCGUCUAGUGUUCCUUUAAAAUUUACAUAACAGGAUCAUUAACCAAAAAUGCUAUUCAAUUCUUAAAGUCUGGCACAUUUUAUGUAAACCAAACAAAACACAGGUUGGAGUAAUAUUAGCAGAUGUCAAAUAUUGCCAGAAGCGAACAUUCUUGAAAAUUUUAAUGGCAGCUUGCAAUAUGAAGGCUUACCACAUUUUGCUAUUGACCACAUGUCACUAUGACCAUUUGCCCCUUAGAAUUAGAGGUCUCCAGAAAUCUCUGGAGAGUUGAUAAAAGAAAAAACAUGAGUGAAAACAAAGAAAAAGACAUGAGUGAAGCAAGAAGUGCACAUAUAAGUUCUAGCAGCAACUCCACAAUAAAUGUGCACAUAGAAAACCAAACUUUUUGCUUGAGCCAACAGUAGUAAAUUAGCGUAUUCACUAUAGUUGGCUUACGUAAAAAGUAUAGGAAAACAAACCAAAAAAGUUAUAAAUAUCCUACUAAGUCCAAGAUGUGAAAAAAAAGAAAAGUUUGUUCUAUUAGGUGACAAGGGCGCAUCUGUUGCUGACAAAAAAACAUAAGAAGAGAGGCUGGCUUUCUUCAGCCAAAAGAUUACAAAAUUAGGAACCCAAGAUUGUGGCAUCUGAUAAGUUUCAUGGCACUUUGAACUUUACUCCUGCAUGCACAUAACUGCAACCACAGCACAAAACAAACAAAUUCAAUACAGCUGAGGACAAAACCUUAACACAUGAUUGUUCACGUCUAAAAAAAAUCAGGUGUGUAUUAAAUGCGCUUGUGCAAGCUCCUCAAAUAUGGGAGAUUAUGACUGCACAAAUAAUCUCUCUACAGACUUGACAACCCUAGUUGCACACUUUGGGACUUUUAGCACAUCCUGGCUUUUGAUGUGCUUUAGAGCUACAAGAACCUGAAAGGUCCUCCGCUCAGUGAGAUGCGACACAAUUAAGGUAAUAACAUGCACAAUAUAUCAAGCUCACAGCCAUGUACUUCCACUCUGCAUGCAAAAUUCCACCAUUACAAUUUAACCAGUGUUGUCAAAUUUCAAUUAAGCAUGAGUGUUUCAAUAUGUCAAAGCCUUUCACCACACUGCAUAAUGUGUAAUUAUUAAAUAACACGAGUGCACUUCAUUAGAUAAAAAGACUGCACUGCAUUAUCCCCGCACAAUUCUGCUGCUUUUGAAACUAGUACUUAGGACCAGCACCGUGAAAAUGCCACCAAAAAGCUAAGAGCUCCUUUACAAUCAAAUCAGUCUUUGUGCGGAGAGAUGCAGCUAUGACAAGAGACAAAGCAGCUGUACUUUCCAGCAUCCUUCGCCAUGUUCCUCACAGUAUUUUAUAAACAUGCAAGCUACACACUAAUACGAUCUCACAUGUUCCAAAUGCAGUGUGCUGUACAAGGAUUAGAGUACCUUAAUGUCUGCAUUUACUGCAUGUUGCGCUGACGUAAAUGACAUUCUAGGCAACCUGGAGAAAGUAUACACAGAGAUGUAUAUGCUAUAUAUAAACCUGUUGUUUGUUGAGACAUCCUGCAAAGUAUAUGUGCAUGUUGGUAUGCUUUAGUGAGGCAGUGAAUCUUCAUUGUGUCGUUCCUUGAAAGCACAACCGCUUUAACCGAGCUCCCACUACGCAUGCAAUGGUAACACAUAAGCUCUGCUUUCCAAGUUCCCAACAAAAAGAAUUAGCACAGUCUAUGUGCAGCCAUAGAUGUUGUUCCCAGCAACCUCCUCCAGCAACAUGAAUCUCUCUGUGCACUGCAAGAUAUAUCUAGUGUUGAUUGUUAAUGACACAAGACUACAUUCAACCGCAACAGGAUAAUGUUGGGGGCCCAUGCAGUGAUGAAGGAUGAGUUUUGCUUUGGCAAGAAAGCUAGGAAAUGGCUAGAGGAAACUUGCAGUAAGGGCUGUAGUAGAAAAGGUAGAGCUUCGCACUACACUGUAUCAUGCAUGUGUGGUGCUCUACUAUCUUUUCUUUCUGGGCCACGGCUCAACACUUCUCAGUAGCAUAUAAAGAGAGAAGAAAGGAAAAAGGCUACCACAAACACACGCACGCACACACACAUACACACACACACAUUCUCACACUUCCACAACGAUAGGGCGUAAAUCAAAGUGGUAUAGGCGUCCAUGCAACCGCUGCACCAUGCAGCGCUGCUAUUGCGCCACAAGCGCGCAGACACAACGGCUAUUGGUGCAACUCAAAGAGUUGCCAAUGCAGCACUGAAAGGCUACGAUUUCCUUAGAUGACGCCAAGGCUUAGACGCUUGAGCCUCCUACUGCAGAGAUAGGAAUGGAAGCUAGCUCAAAACUGUAUCCGCACCAAAUGGGAUCAGGUACUAAGCAGUAUGACCCAGUAAAACCACCAGUCAUGAGAAAAAAAUUAUGUUAGUUCAGCUGUUGCAAAUAUGAACAACUUUCCUACCCAACGUACCAUCAUGUUUAGUAAAAUGCUUCCCAAACACAACGUUUCGGAAUGUAUUUUAUUGGACACUGUUGUUCAGCUCAAAGGGGCAGUCAGUAAAAUGUUGGAUCUGUUUACCAAGACUGGGUCACGCCACUUGGCACCCGUGCUGUUUCCGAUCAUUCAGAUUUUUGUGCAGAUGCAAUAGGGGUGAUCGGGCUGCUGUUGAUGGCAAACCGUUGCCAUGAAGUUAAGGCUCUGCUACAUGUACAUAAUCCACAAUACUGUUAUCCCUGUUACAUUUUUUUCCUGUUUUGCGGCUUCUGAAUUUGCUCAGAAGUGAGACGUGAGGUUCUCUCCUGUGAGUGGUGACUGUCCGAUUUCCCAACAUCUUGUGGAAAUGCAAUUUUGUGGGAUGAAUGUGACAUUGUCUAUUGCUGUACAUCUGGGCAUCCCUGUACAUAUAAGAAAGUUGCACAUCUCACCAUCCUCUUUUUCUUUGGCAUUGCUCAACCACGACACGAGAAUUCUCGAAAACACAGCGUUGAAACUUGGAUUGGUUUCGCGUCACCACCGUGGAAGAUGGUGCCUUCUGAGAAGCACUGACAUGUUAUACAGCGUACCAAAGUCUAGUUUCUGCACAUGCUCGCUGGGUGUACUCAAUAAACAUAAUCGAAAUAUAGCUCUGUUAAGAGGGCAGUUAGGCUUCUCAUCUUUGCCGUUGAACAUUUCAAAUAUUUUUUGUUACCACUACUAUACUGUUGCCACUGGUGGUGUGCCAUUGUUGGAUUUCAUGCACCGUGCAAUUCAUGGUAGUCAUCAUAUCAGCAGAGUGUUAAGGUAUGUUACUGUUCAAAAGAGGUUAAUUCAUGUUGAUAGCCAGAUGAGCCAAGAAUGACAUAACACUAUAUAACUUCAUGAUGAUUGCAACUCCACUAGUUCUACUGCACAUGUUGAUACAAGCACGUGCAAAUAUACCUAGUGGUUUAAGUACUAACGCUGCUCGUGAGAGAGGGCAGGUAAGACCGCACAUAUCUGCUUGUUCUCGGCUUUCUAUUUGGUGGAAACAUCUACUGAAACACAAACCGUGAUCAGAACAGUAGCCAGAAAACAAUAAUAAAGCGAAGAAAUCUUUAAGCAAAUACAUGGCCCAAAAUAUUAAAGGUCAAUUGCAACAAAGUUUGACUUUUAUUGAAUUCAUUAUAAGCGAGUAGUGUAGUAUACUACCGAUGCAAUUUUGGCAAUGUAGCAGGGCUGGUAAUAGCCUAAUUUCUUGUUAGCAGCCUUUGACUAGGACCUAAGCAGGCAAUGCAUGCACUUGGUGGCUAGCAGAUAUGACAUAAUUUGCGGCAGGUUUCCUCAGAGAUUUUUCAGCGUGCUGUGGGCAGCUGCUGGCCCAGCCUAACCACGCUGGCUUAAUGUGUUGGGUAAUGUACAACUUCCAGCAAGCAGUACUAAUGGCGUUUUUCCUUUCUUUUUCUUUCAGUUUUAAAGUCAAAAGCAUCUAUUCUUGCUGGCUUUUCGCGAUGCAUCCACUUGUACUUCAAACGUAAAAUUACUCUAUACCUACACUAUCCGAAACUAGGCUUUAUAUGUAGACUGAAAUUUUGUUGCACUUGGCUUUUAAAAAGUGCAGGUGAAACAUAGCUUUUUCAUGCAUUCCAUAUGCUGUCUCACUUGUUUGCGGGAACAAGUACACAGUGUAUAAAGUGUGCCGACGAAAUUAUUUUGACGCACAACCAAUUAGCUAGGCUUUCCAGGAGGAACACGAAAACAGCUACCAGAACAUGUAGCAUCAAUAAGGGUGGGUUGAAUUGCUCACUGCAGCAGGCAUAUUUUUAUGGGGACAAAAUUAAGAAAAAGCUAGUGUAUUUAGAUAUAGGUGCACCUUAAAGAAUUUCAGUUGGCAAAAUCAACCUGUACCCCUACACUACAAGGUCCCUUAUAGCCCCCUGUGCAGGGUGUCCUGGAGGAAGAGUCCCGCAAGUUAAAUUAAAUUAAACUAGAGUGUGCACUGCCUCAGUGCCACCUUGUGAACUUGAUGCAGACAACUUGUCUCCCAUGAUAUUCGAGGUAAUUCCAUGCUGUUUAUCACAGGCCUCUGAUUAGUGUGAAAGCUUCUGGUCAAGAAGCACGCUAUAUAUUUUAAUGCAGGAAUGUUAACUAAGCCUGAAACAGAUUAUAAUAUUGACUUGCCCAGCAGUAUUAUUUUCACUUAUAUUUUAGUCAUCUCAGAGACUGUCCUUGCGAUUUCAAGUGCUUCGUUUAUGUAGGUUCAUGGCUAUAUAGUGAUUAUUAGUCUGUCUUCAAAAUUGUAACAUGCACAAAGCUUUGAACACAUAAUGGCUCCCUUUACAUGCACAAAAGAGCAAGGUUCCUGGACCAUAGCUUGCUACAUCAGUUAACCAAAUUAUCAGUUCUUAGAAACACCAGUUUCAAUAACUUAAUAUAGGUAAACAAAGGCAACUGAAAGGUCUGUAGCCAUCAACAGAGGAAGCUGUAGGCAGCAGCAGCAUCUUGAAACAUAGUUAUCUUGGUUGUGCUUUCUGCACGAUUUCAAGAGGGCACAAAGUUUUUUAGAAGCCUGGACUUGCGAUCACUCGCGCAUGCUGAAAGUAACAGCGGCUGCGCGCAACGCGGCAAUGACAUAAAAGGACACGCAAUGUUAUUUGUGCCACUAACCUUCUUGCUUGUAUACCAUUUGCACUCUUUGCAAAAAAGUAAAAAAAAAUGUUGCUUCAGCAUAACCAUUAUUGUUUUUUCGUUCAACAUUCUCGCUGAACUUUCGAGCCCCAUAUAAAGUCAGUAUUAUCAUGAUCAUUGAGAGCUGUAUACUCUGUGUCUGCUAUCUACCAUUAUAAACUCACACAGGUUUACCAAAGAGUCAGUUGAAAGAACCUUAGAGUUUCACACACUUAAAGUAAACUAUGCUAUUCUUUAGAGCUCAGUGCAAGUUAUGAACAGCAACCUAUUGUGUGCAUGUGUCAUUAAAAUGAAACAGUCGCUUGUCCACAAAAAAGCCUGUAACUUGGUUUUUGCACCAUUCCGUGUUUCUUGGAAGGCAUAUCAAGGUGAGCACCAACUGUUCAACCAGGCUCCUAUUAUUUACAGUGCUCAGAUGGCGUUCAUGAUAGUUGCAGAUAAAAGUGAAGAUGACAUACAAAAAAUGAAGAGCGAAACAACUGUACAGCUUACACGUACAGCCCCCCCUCCCUCUAUUUUACACCUAUAGCCUACGCCUACUAGUGCACCACACAUCAUGCCGAAAUGCAGCAUUUUAGUUUUAAAGAUAACUAAAAAAAAACCGGGGACGUCACUGUUUCGUACGUCUGCUUGUGGAACACCUCAUUCACCCUCGUGUGACCGUUGCGAUACUCAUGUAGCUAGGAUGCUUCGAAAAGCUCACAACCUAACAGGCCAGUUGGCCAAUAGCAGUAGACGCUUCCUGCAAGAGAUAAAUGGGCUUGUGGGAGGAAGCUUUUAAUGCUUUUCUCCCCCAAAACUCCAAGCAAGGGGGAAAAAACAUGGGGAGAGGCAAGCAGACAGAGAAGGCACCACACGAAAGUACUACAUACAUGCAGAUACGUGUACACAAGCGAGCUGCAGUGUAACAUAAAAUGUAGACAGACUACAACUAACGAACGCGAUCAAGCAGCAGAUGCUUUUUUCCUUCUCAUUGCUCCACUUUUGAUGGCCUCCCCAUCCACAUCAAGGCGUGCCCCUUUCCCAAAAGCAUGUUUUUUGAAGAGAAAUAAAGCUCUCUCACAUUUCCCGCCACUUCUUUUAUGUGUACAGUGUCAGAAACUGUAUUUACUGUCAAGUGGUGGUUGAAAGCCUCUGUGCAACUCGAGAAUGUAUAUGUACCUACUUUUCAUGUUGAUUUAUUUUCUAUUUUCUUUUCUCAUGACAUGACCUGUCAUAGCACUAACAUUGUCUGUACCUAUAGCAUUGCCAUCCAUGACCUCUUCUUUUAUGUUCAUUUCUGAAGUCUGGUUCUAGCACACUGUUUUUGAUACUUGAGUGUAUUUCCAAGUGAUUUUGUGACAUCUGUGCUACCCUAUGUCCUCUUGCCCUACAUUUUGUCUUUCACUUGUAACAAUGAAAAAAAAAAUUGCCUAUCUCUAAAGUGUGUUGAUAUCACAGUCAUGCCCACCUCAGUACAAAACCUACUUACUCUCCCUUUCAUAAUAAGGCUUGCAUAUUUCCAGCUUGCCUACACACGGCUAACACCAUUUGAAAAAUUCAAGCUUCACAUGAUGAGAAAGGUCCAUUUUACAAUGAAAACUGAUUGCCCUAAUGAGACCAUCGUUUAUAUUUGAUAAGAUAGCAGGUUCAAAAUUUAAUUAUCAACAUGAAAACAGUAGCAGCAACUUCUAUUUUAGCAUGUUUUCCUUAGCAAUUUUUGUUCUCAUAAUAAAACAAGAAUGAUUUUGUGUCCACUCUUUGGAAACUGUAUGCAGGUGCACUUGACUGAAAUCUGCAAGCACCAUUUCAAAGGUUACAGCCAUCAUGUGCAAAAGCCUCUACAGUUGAGUUGUAACAAACAGUGUUUCACACCUCUGCUUGAGUAUCAGUGCAACUGUUGGACAAGCUGGUAUAUCAUAAGCAACCUCAUGUACAUUCCAUGGAAUUUGUCCUUUGAAAAAACAUUUCCUUGCACAGAUUUUAUUCUUGUCUCGUGACAAUCACACCAGUACUAGUUGAGAUGCUGUUCGUGUUUCUUACUUGCUUGUCCCUUUGUUUUUCUCUUUCUUUUCUUUUUUUUUGUUUACUUAGAAAACUGAUUUGGGUUUGAUCCUGUUGACUGUCCUGAAUGAAAAAUGCAUAACGAAAUGCACAAUGUUCAUCGUAUUCUCCUCCUCUUUCCAUGACUGUACAUUCCACUGUGAAGUCACGCCUUGAAAAGUAAAA